UCUGCACGCCCUCCGCCAAAUUCUAGUUGUGCUUGCUAGUGAUUUGAGAUUGAGCUUCUCUGGAUGAGUUCUCCAGAUGAAGCUUUUAUUUAUUUAAUUUAGGUUCUGCUUGCUUUAACAUUUAACUCAAUCGAAUACAAGAGCCGCUGUUUUUGUUAUUUAUUUGUUGACGUGGAUUGGUAUUUUUGACCGAGCUCGCAAGCUUAAGGAGCCCAUGACAAGUCGAGCCAAGCUGAUUUUUGUGCUCAUUUUGUUACCAAGUGGAGCCAGUUCGUUAUCUUAGCGAGCUGAAUCGAGGUGGCUCCAUAUCCGGCUCUGGAUUAGGUGUGAUAAUUUAAAUAUUUUUACUUUUAUAUUCAUAUAUAUUCAUAUAGGAGUCUUAGGAGGAUAACUUUCUAGUUAGGGGUAUUUGUGUUCUUACCUCUACUUUAAAAGUGUAUUUGUUAUUUUUCUCUUUUUUUUGUAAACUUUAUGAUUUUUUUGUUUAUUAUUCAUAAGCCAAUGCGAUUUUACCUCCCGUCACCGGUCAAAUAUAGGGGCAAAUACCAAGACCAAAGGGCAAAGUGAUUUGUGAAAACUAAGGGCCCAAUGACAGAGUUAAAAGAAUGAUGGCAAAGCUACAAUUACACUUCGAAGCCCAUGUAGUCAUGAAGCCCUACAAAGGGUCCAAAGCCUGCGAACAAGUCUAUCCAUCCGGACUCCAUUAUCAUCAUCCAACCACCUUCGUGGGCGUUCCCGCCGCCAUCGCCAUGACCGCCGCUGUCCCCUCCACCUCCGCCUCCCUCUUGCCUGCUUCGGCUGCGCGACCUCUCGCCGGAAGCACAGUUUCUUUCGGUGCUUCGUACCAGAAGAGGAGAAAGAUCCCGGCGUGGAGAGUCCGCUGUUCUGCUGACGACGAAGAGGAAGUCAAGGAUUUGGGAGUCAAUGUGGCACUAUCCAUGCUAAAGUUUUACAAACGGGAAAUAUCGCCUUUACUGCCUUCAAGCUGCCGCUAUGUGCCAACUUGCAGUGAGUACUCUAUGCAGGCAUACAAAAGAUAUGGUGUUGUAAAGGGUACAAUCUUGACUGCUUGGCGUCUGUGCCGCUGUAAUCCGCUUGGCGGUUAUGGGUAUGAUCCUCCAAGGUGGUUUGGUGAGGAAGAUCUGCCUCUGCAAUGAUGCCUGGUACUUGCAACAUAUGCAGUGCAAUUUUUCAGUUGCAGACCUGCAGUAGAUUUUCUGUACAUAACUGAAAUUAAACCCAUGCAAGCAUUAUCUAUGAAAUUAUGUCAAGUAGCAUGCAUGUGUUCUUUUUGCAAAUGGUGACUCUACGUACAAUGUCCUUCUCUUAUUACAGUGCGACUCUUCCUAGAUAAUUGUUUGAUCAAAAUUCAAAAACCUACAUUUUAACAUCCAGUAUUUUACACUUUCUUUGCUCCUGCAUGCUUGUGUCAGGACCCAACUAUCUUCUGCUACUUCUACACCCUGUAAAGAAUCUGUCAACGAAACAGACAGAUGCAUGGUUAUAGGACUUGCAUUUGGAAUUAGUCACUGAAUCUUAUUAGAUGCAUAGAAUGCCAAAAAUUCUUCUUGUCCAAUCAGCUGAAGGAUGAAUAUUGACAUAUU